AUGACUGAAGCUAACUUUGGUUGGUUAAUACGAUCAGUUCAUCGAUGUUCGGCAAGUAUGAUGGUCCUAAUGAUGAUCCUACACGUAUUUCGUGUGUAUCUUACCGGCGGCUUUAAAAACCCUCGUGAAUUGACUUGGAUUACGGGUGUGGUUCUUGGUGUCUUGACUGCAUCUUUUGGAGUAACUGGUUAUUCCUUAUCCUGGGACCAAAUUGGUUAUUGGGCAGUUAAAAUUGUAACUAGUGUCCCAUACCUUGAGUAUGAAAACGCUAUCUAA